UUGAGGGCGGGAGGCUGGGGGAGGGUAGCGGAGCCGGCGCCGCCGCCAUGUUGGGUCUGAGGCGGCUGCUGUAGGCGCCUACGGAGCAAGCGGGCGUGCGGAGCGGCCACAGCGGCGUGGGAUCUGCCUCUCUGCGAGCGGCCGGGAGCGGCGGCAGCGCCGGCGCCAUGAGCGGGGGCACCCCUUACAUCGGUAGCAAGAUCAGCCUUAUCUCCAAGGCGGAGAUCCGCUACGAGGGCAUCCUCUACACUAUCGACACCGAGAACUCUACCGUAGCUCUCGCCAAAGUUCGGUCCUUUGGUACAGAAGACAGACCAACAGAUCGUCCAAUACCACCUCGAGAUGAAGUCUUUGAAUAUAUUAUAUUCCGUGGGAGUGAUAUUAAAGACCUCACUGUUUGUGAGCCACCAAAACCACAAUGUUCUUUGCCUCAGGACCCAGCUAUCGUUCAGUCUUCACUAGGCUCAUCUACUUCUUCAUUCCAGUCAGUGGGCUCCUAUGGACCUUUCGGCAGGAUGCCAACAUACAGUCAAUUCAGUCCAAGUUCAUUAGUCGGGCAGCAGUUUGGGGCUGUUGGUGUUGCUGGAAGCUCCUUGACAUCCUUUGGAACAGAAGCAUCAAACAGCAGUGCCCUGUCCCAAAGUAGUGCAGUUGGUUCUGCCUUUACACAGGAUACAAGAUCUCUAAAAACACAGUUAUCUCAAGGUCAUUCAAGCCCUCAGUUAGACCCUUUGAGAAAAAGCCCAACCAUGGAACAAGCAGUGCAGACAGCCUCGGCCCACUUACCUGCUCCGGCACCUGUUGGGAGAAGGAGCCCUGUAUCAUCAACCAGGCCUUUACCAUCAACCAGCCAAAAAGCAAUAGAGAAUCAAGAGCACAGGCGAGCUGAAGUACACAAGGUUUCAAGACCAGAAAAUGAGCAACUCAGAAAUGAUAGCAAGAGACAAAUAGUUCCAGGUGCUCCUUCAGCUCCAAGGAGAGGGCGUGGGGGUCAUCGAGGUGGCAGGGGAAGAUUUGGUAUUCGACGAGAUGGUCCAAUGAAAUUUGAGAAAGACUUUGACUUUGAAAGUGCAAAUGCACAAUUUAACAAGGAGGAAAUCGACAGAGAGUUUCAUAAUAAACUUAAAUUGAAAGAAGAUAAACUUGAGAAACAGGAGAAGCCUGUAAAUGGUGAAGAUAAAGGAGACUCAGGAGUUGAUACCCAAAACAGUGAAGGAAAUGCAGAUGAAGAAGAUCCACUUGGACCUAACUGCUAUUAUGACAAAACUAAAUCUUUCUUUGAUAAUAUCUCUUGUGAUGAUAAUAGAGAACGGAGACCAACCUGGGCUGAAGAAAGAAGAUUAAAUGCAGAAACAUUUGGAAUCCCACUUCGUCCAAACCGUGGCCGUGGAGGGUACAGAGGCAGGGGAGGUCUUGGUUUCCGUGGUGGCCGAGGACGUGGUAGCGGCCGAGGUGGUAACUUUGCCACUCCUCGAGGAUUUCGUGGUGGAUUCAGAGGAGGUCGUGGGGGCAGGGAGUUUGCAGAUUUCGAAUAUAGGAACCAUGGUUUCAGAUUUCAUGGACUGGUAAAAUUUCUUCCAAAAACCUGUUAAGAGACUGACUUAGGAUUAAUUUCUUUUCCUUAAAAAAAUUUUGUUGUUGUUGGAGGCACAGGGGAUCACUAAAAGAUAUAUGGUACAAAAAAGAGCCAUAUUGUAUCACCUUUAUUUCAUAUUACAAAGUAUGCUUCAAUACCAAGAGAAUCUAGGAAGAACAUAUUUAAAGGGGUCUUUAAGUCAGUGUUACUAUCCUAGUCAUCGAUUUUAGGGAUAGUGGAGAGGAAGGUAUAUGAUCAAAGAAACGAUCAAAAUCCCACCAUAAAGGAAUUACAUAGGGCAGCUAGAGACAAAAAGACCGGGACUUCCCUGGUGGCACAGUGGUUAAGAAUCCGCCUGCCAGCACAGGGGACAUGGGUUCGAGCCCUGGUUGGGAAGAUCUCACAUGCUGUGGAGCAACUAAGCCUGUGCACCACAACUACUGAGCCUGCGUGCCACAACUGCUGAAGCCCGUGAGCCACAACUACUGAACCUGCACGCCACAACUACUGAAGCCCGCACACCCUAGAGCCCUGCUCUGCAGCAAGAGAAGCCACUGCAAUGAGAAGCCCGCACACCACAACAAAGAGUAGACCCUGCUCACUGCAACUAGAGAAAGCCCACGCGCAGCAACAAAGACCCAAAACAGCCAAAAAUAAAUUUUAAAAAAAAAUUAUAAAAAAAAAGAAAAGGAAAAGAAACAAAAAGACCUACUUAGCAGGAAUUUUAUUAUUCAAUAUUUAAAACUGAUCGUUGUUGAGAUCCCUCUUGAAGGGUCAUUGUUAGUGGCUUUUGGAUCUAUUCUGUUAAUUUUGAUGCCUUUAAUAUUGUGUCAUCACAGCCAAGGCUGCUGAAAAUUAGCCUCAAGUCGUUAGCUCAGGAUAUCCAGCCAUGGUAGAUGCAGCCUGAUGUAGCUUCAGCACUUCUAACUUGCAAAAUGGCCAUUCCAGCUAGGGGACUGUGUCUUAGGAGCUACAGAACUCCUCUUCCUUGCCACUAUUACUCCUCUUGAGGUUGCCAGUGACCUUUGCUUACAGAAUUCAGUAGCCUUUUCACAAAUAUUUGCCCUUAACUACUCUGCAAUAUUUGAUACUGAUAAUUGCCCGCCCAGCUUGGAGUCUGUUUCUUCCUGCUUUUUGUUUUUUUAACACUUUUGAUAUUUUUCUCUUUAUAAAAAUAAUGUAUGUUCCUCAACACAGCCUAUAAGGUGCUUCAUGAUCUGCCUGUUUCUCCAGAGGAGAGGUCUAGUACUUGCUCUAGAUCUUGUUGCCAGUGGGACUGACCUUUUCUUCAUUCAUUCUGCUACAGAUAUGGGGGUCUUCUUGCUCUUGUUUAGUGCCAAGCUUAUUCCUAUCUCACGACCUUUUUACCCAUUCCUUCUGCCUGCGAUGUUCAGUUUGCUCCAUUGUGUUCAUGUUUGCACUCUAGCAUAGGCUUGAGCUUUCCCUCUCUCCUCUCCUGCAGCAAUUUCCCCUCCCCUUUCUGAGCUUGUCUAUUCAUAGCUUCUAAUCAGUUUUUCAACUUGGACCCUGUAUGCUUUCACUUACAUUUUUCUAUAUUUACUUGCAUUGUGUCCUGUGAUCAACUUAAACUUAACCUUCCUCAGAAUGUCUUCAUCAUCUUCUCACUUUCCCAUCAUCUCAGUUUGGUAUUCCUUUUGUCUCCCAGGCUGUGGAGGUAUCCAUGAUCAUGGGCCAUUUCCACAUCACCACGUUCACUCCUUUGAGGCGUUUCUGCCAACUACCAUAAUAACCCACUGAUUGGUCUUUAGACCUUCAGUUUCUCUUUACCUCACUUCAGGCAUAUCAGCUACCUGUUGAAGAACCUAUGGCAACUCCUGUUGAAGACCACAUUGAGUCAGCUUGGUUUGAGAAAAA